CGAACCCGCUAUAAAUACCGAAUGGAUCUUGUUUUAUGGUAUUUCGGGUUAUGGGUAUUAUCCGAACCGAACCCGAAAUUAAAUGGAUAUCCGAUAGAACCCGAAACAUUCAAAAUGCCAAAAAAGAACGUGUACCAAACAUGAUCUCAAUUCCUGAUAUGUAGCCAAAAUACACUAAGAUAUUAUUAAACAUCUACAAUAACUAUCUACUAUAUGAAGGUUGAUGGUUGAAAGUGGCGGUUGAGGCUUGAAAUUUUUAGAUUUUGGUUUUAUUUUCAUUGAAUAAUUUUUUUCAUUUCAUGAGAACUUAAUUUUUUGUUUUAUGAUUUCAUUUAUUGGUUUUUUUUCUAUCAAUAACAACGUAUACCUUUCGUCUGACUUUGAAUGAUCAUGUUUGAUGUUUUUUUCUUAUUUUUGAAUCGAUUUUACUUAUGUUUUGGUUACAGAAUAAGUAAAAAUCAAGUAUUUUAAACCCGAAAAACCGAUUUUACUUAUGUUUUGGUUAUAAAAUAGGUAUAAAUCAAGUACUUUAAAACCGAAGAACCGGUUGGAACCCAAAACCCGAAAGUACACCGGGUUGUACCGGUUCUUUGAAGAUUUACUAUCCCCGAUCCGAACCCGAUAAAAUCCGAACCGGUCCCGAACCGAAUUUUUAUAUAAUCCGAAUGGGGCUGAUUUUGAUAAACCCGAAAAACCGAGACCCGAUUGGACAAAACCGAAACCCGAUUGGGACCCCAAAUGCCCAGGCCUACUAAAAAUCAUUGAAAUAGUUGGGAGGAAAGUAUAGCAAAAAAAAAAAGCCAAGCAUAGAAGUAGUGAUGUUUCAGUUCUAAAUAUGUAUGAACAUAUAAAUGCAAACACUCACAUGCACCCGAGAGAUUGGUGUAGCUAUUAGAUCAGACUAGACAGGAAAAUAUACAAACAUAAUAAUACACAGGCAUGGAGGGGCCAAAUGGUUUGUGCUAAUCAAAGAAUGUUAAGGAAAUGGGACCCUCCAGUAAUUUUAUACUGUGUAGAGAGAAUAUGUACUAAACUUGUUGAAGGAGACAAUAUGAAAAUAUUCCUUAUCAUCUUUUAAAGCAAAACAAAUUUCCCAACAAAAACUUUCAUUUGUUUGAUAUCUUAAACUAAAGGCUUACUUACUCGACUGAGUAAAAAAGUAUCUGUAAACAAAUAACAUUCUUCAAACAUAGCUAGAUAAGCCCUUUUAACAUCAGUAACAUGUGACUAAAAGUCUUGCCAAAAUCAUUAGACUCAUCAUAAUGUACCUAGAGAAAGAAAAUUACUCUAUGAACAAAGAACAAAAACAAUCCAGACGAAUGAAAAGCAUUGAGAAUAUUCUGAGAGAGAAAGGUUAGAGCUGUGACUAUGAAAAUAUCAAGGAAUAAGAAAAGAGUUGAUUCCACAGCCAAGUAAACAAAUAAAAGUUAGGAAAAAAAAAUCAGGGAAUAAGAUACUUCCCUCUGCCAGAAUGGCUAGAGAAUGCGCAUAUGAUGCAUUAAUUGUGGAUCAAUUCUGGUAUCUAAUUGGGGUUGAAAAGUUGUAGUCCAUAGGAAUCAAUCAAUACAUGAAAGAAAGAAAAAGAUCAUCUAGAAACAAAAGCAUAUAUAACACUUGAAACGAUAAGGACACAACUAACAAAGCAUCGAUUGGACCAGUUAUUCAUAUUCCAUACCUUAAUCAUCGUUUCUCUAAUUUGCCCUCCUUUUUCUCCAUUCAACUUCCUAUAUAAAGCAAAGUUGCACCAAAGCAACCUGAUAAAAUAUAAAGAACAAGUAAGACUUAGCAACAAAAACAUCUUCCUUAGUUGUUGGAGUUUACACCCUUUGGAAAUUCCGAGAGAAGAGUUCAGAUCGUGUCAGACUUUAUGUAUUACCAAAACCAGCACCAAGGAAAGAGCAUCCUCUCUUCUUCAAGAAUGCACUUAGCUUCUGAGAGGCAUCCUUUCCUUAGAGGAGGGAACAGUCCAGGAGAUUCUGGUCUCAUCCUUUCAACCGAUGCAAAGCCACGCUUAAAAUGGACUCCUGAUCUUCAUGAGAGAUUCAUUGAAGCAGUUAAUCAACUCGGUGGAGCUGAUAAAGCAACUCCUAAAACAAUCAUGAAAGUCAUGGGUAUUCCAGGGCUUACCUUAUACCAUCUCAAAAGUCAUCUUCAGAAAUACAGACUGAGCAAGAAUCUCAACGGACAAGCUAACAGCGGCUUAAACAAAAUAGGUAUGAUGACCAUGAUAGAAGAAAAGAGCCCUGAUGCAGAUGAAAUUCAAAGCGAGAGUUUAAGCAUUGGACCACAGCCAAACAAGAACUCACCUAUAGGUGAAGCACUGCAAAUGCAAAUAGAGGUCCAAAGAAGGCUUCAUGAGCAACUUGAGCGACAUUUGCAGCUCAGGAUAGAGGCUCAAGGGAAGUACUUGCAAUCAGUUUUGGAGAAGGCACAAGAGACUCUCGGUAGACAGAACCUGAGUCCAGCUGGGAUCGAAGCUGCCAAAGUUCAGCUCUCGGAGUUAGUAUCCAAAGUAUCAGCAGAGUACCCAAACACUAGCUUCCUAGACCCAAAAGAGUUUCAAAACCUAUGCCCACAACAGAUGCAAACAGCUUAUCCACAGGAUAGUUGCUUGACAUCGAGCGAGGGAGCUCAGAAAAACCCUAAAAUGCUAGGGCUAAGAACAUAUCUUGGUGAUUCAACAUCCGAGCAGAAAGAGGUUAUUGAAGAACCAUUGUUCCAAAGAAUGGAGCUCACGUGGAAUGAAGGUUUGAGAGGAAAUCCAUAUCUUUCAACAAUGGUUACGGACGCAGAACAAAGAGUCUCAUAUUCAGAGAGAAGUCCAUCUACACUGACAAUGGGAGUAGGGAUGCACGGACACAGAGGUCAUCAGCAAGGCAGCAAUGAGUAUAAUAAAGACGAAAGAUUCAAUGACAAGAGCGAGGAUCAUAAGCUUGAAACACAAAGCACAAAGACAGAGCUAGAUCUUAACACACAUGUUGAAAACUGUUGUACAACGCGGCCGAAACAGUUCGACUUGAAUGGUUUUAGCUGGAACUGAAAGGGAUUUAACCAAAGGGUUAAAGAUACAUCUUUGAAUCAAGAUUCUUGAGGAUAAUGUAACGCACUAUUCAUUGUUAUUAGCUCAUAUAUACAGAGAAGUUUUCCUAA